UAGUUCUAUAUUUGGCUUAAAUAUUUGCCUCUGAAAAGAAAAGUUUUAGGCCAAUCGGGCCAAUCCACGCGAAUAAGAAUCGUAAUCUCGAAUCCAAUUAUAUUCUGUUGAAUAGAUAUUCUUCUUUUUAUUUCAGCUCGAUCAGUAUUAAUAUGGGAAUGUUAAAUACGACAAAAAAAAUUAACAGCCAAUUUUAUUCUUAGUUACGCAAUGAAACCCUGAAGAAUUGAAGAUAAUCAGUCUCUACUCUUGAUUAACGUUAGAAGACAUCGAAAGAAAGGAUUUAUCACCCCACAAAAACUAAACGCUAUGUUUCACUACAUCAAGAGGCUUCUAACUUUCCUAAUUUCGUUGAUUAAGAAAAUCUGCAGAAAGAACCACAAAGACACUCCUUUGCUGCCGAGUGCUUUAAAGUCAAACAGCAAAUUCGAUAAAGGAGAUGAGAAGUGGGAUGACUGGGAGCCUAUGACUGGUGUACAAAUAGAUAAGAAAAACGAAGAAACAGAAGAGGAACCUCCCCAAGUAGAUUUCUUCGCGGACAUGGUCCCCGAGUUCAAGCAACCAGCUCAGAUAAGGAUAAGGAGUACCAGUAAUGACGUAGUACCACAAACCUCAGCCAGUUCUAGGCUUACUGUUGAUACUAGCUUUGAUGUAGGACUAGUAGCUGGAGGAGUAGGACUGGGAGAGCUUGCAGACUCGGAACCAGGGGGCUGGGGAGAGGACGAGACUCUUGAUGAUUCAGAGAUUAUCGCUGUUAAGAAUGAAGCUACCAAGAAGAAAAGAGCCUCGGAAAGGGAAAAGCGACGGAAAGAAAAGGAACGUUCUAGUAAAUUAUCCUGAGAAUCUGUCCAGAAAGGGGCAGAUUGUUAUAUUUUUGCAUGAAUUUCAGACUUGAAAAUAUAUUUAAUAUUUUUAACAGCUUUAUAUGAGGAUCCAACUGGUUUGGUUUUUGGAUUGAUUGAAAGUUGUGGGGGUAUUUAAUCUUGUGAAUACUGCACUGUGUUUGAGUAUUAUUGGGUAAACCAUUUGUAUAA